AUGGGUUGUGAAAGAGGAGGAAAUUACAAAAGAAUAAAUGCAUUCGAAACCACUAAUUCCUCUGAUGGUAUUUAUAGUAUGAAGGUUAAAUGUGCGUUUAGGUUGAGAUCUAUUCCAAGUGGUAUCAAUUGGAAGGUGAUUGUUAAAUACAGGACGCACAAUCAUAUAGUAGAUAAUGAUUUAGAAGUCCAUAAUAUAUUGGGUCAUCUAAAAGAUCAUGAAAGAAAGUUUGUUAAUGACAUGACGAAGUACGAUAUGGCUCUUAGGUACCGGAUACCACUGCUUGAGAUUGUUAGUAUUACGUUAACAAAGUUGACGUUUUCAAUUGCCUUUGCCUAUUUGGAAUAUGAAAGGGAUGAGAAUUUCGCAUGGGCACUAGAAAAUCUCAAAGAAUUAUUUAGUUCAGGAAAAUUGUUAGCGAAGGUUGUGGUGAUGGACCGAGAACUUGAAUUCAUGAAUGCCAUGGAAUAUGUGCUUCCAAAUGCAACUCAUCUAUUGUGUCCGUUCCAUAUUUCAAAAAACAUGAGCAUGAAAUGUAAAGAAUAUGUGAAAUCAAAGAGACGAGAACAGUCACGGGUCUAUGAACAACAUCAUUAUGUGAAUGAAACAUUGUUAACACUGUAUAAAGAGAGAUUCGUUGCUGCAUGGACUAAUAGAGUCAUUCAUUUAGGGAACCCAACAGCGAACAAGAUGAAGUCUGCUCAUUGA